CAGCUCAGGAAGAAAAGCAGCAGAACCUUCGAGGACGUGUCGGAGUUUCCGGUUCUGUCUGAGCUGCUCCCCACACCGGCCCGUUACCUGGUCCUGGUUCCGAUUCUGGUCCUGGUUCCGGGUCCGGUUCUCCUCCAGCGGCGUUUGGUCCCGGAGAUGCGGGUGUGUGCGGGUCUGAGCGGGCCUCUGGUCCUGAGCAUGGUUCUGGUUCUGGUUCGGGGCUGGGAGGCAGACCUGGAGCUCCUGGACCUUGUAGAGGAGGUUCCGAAGAACUUCUACGAAUUCCUGCACCUGGAUAAGGACGCGGCGGCAGCAGACAUAAAGAAGGCGUACCGUCGCCUGUCUCUGACUCUCCAUCCUGACAAGAACAAAGAUGAAAAUGCUGAGACGCAGUUCAGACAGCUGGUGGCCAUCUAUGAAGUUUUGAAGGACGAGGACAGACGGCGAAGGUACGACGACAUCCUGGAGAACGGCCUCCCCGACUGGCGGCAGCCCGUCUUCUACUACCGGCGCGUGAGGAAGAUGAGCAACGCCGAGCUGGGCUUCCUGCUCUUCCUCAUCCUCACUGUGGGACACUACGCCGUCAUCUGGUCCAUCUACCUGGAAAAGCAGCUGGAUGAGCUGCUCAGUCGGAAAAAAAAGGAGAAGAAGAAGAAGCUGAGCUCCAGACCCGCCGAGGAGCUCAGGUGUAUCGGUCAGGACCGCUCCGACAGGAGCCAUGAGCGACCGCAAUGGCAGGACAUCCUCCCUCUGAAGCUCAGCAUCUGGCUCUACCUGGCUCUCAAGAACCUGCCACAGACCGUACAGGAGGUGAAGCAGUACUACGAGGACUACCGGCAGACGAAGCAGGAAGCUGAAGCUCAACAGGAAGCUGCUCCGAGAGAGAAACGGCCAAAGGUGAAGAAACCCAAAGUGGAGUUUCCGGUUUUCAUUCCUCCAGAGACACAGCAGAACUACGACCAGACGACGUCCAUCGAGGACAUUGAGGACCAGAUGGACAACUGGCUACAGGACGCCAAGGCUCCCAAGAAAAAGGAGUCCGGGUGGACAGAGGAUGACCUGAGCCUCCUCAGCAGGUUGAUGGUGAAAUUCCCUGGAGGAACUCCGGGCCGAUGGGAGAAGAUUGCCCAGGAACUCGGACGAUCUGUUCCCGCUGUGACAACCAAAGUCAAACAGAUGAAAGACAAUGUGAAUCAAACCUCAGCUCUCGUCAAACUCUCAGAUUUAAAGUCUCCUCCAUUUCCUGUGAGGUCAUUUCCUGUGGAUGACAUCAUCACUCAGAGAGUGGGUGGGGUCAGUGAAGAGGAGGAAGAGGAGGAGGAGGAAGCUGCUCUGGUGCUCCGAAAGAGGAACAAGAAGAGUUCCUGUGCGGAUGGUUGGGAGGGGAAGGUCCGCGGCCGGCGGCAGAAGGACUUUGACCCAGCGGCAGCGGUGGAGGAACAGGAAGAGGCGGAGCUUCAGGAGAACAUGGCCGUCUGGACGCAGAACCAGCAGAAGCUUCUAGAACUGGCCCUGCAGCAGUUCCCCCGCGGAACCGCAGAACGCUGGGACCGGAUCGCCAAGGUGGUUCCCGGAAAGACCAAGGAGGACUGCGUGACCCGGUGUAAGAUGCUGGCUGAACUGGUGAAGAAGAGGAAGCAGCUGAAGAGCUGAUGAGCUCUGACUCCGCCCCUUCCUGCUGCUGCUGCCAGAUGAUUGGCCUAAUGGUUCUGGCUCACCUGCCCAGGUGUGCCGGUGCCAGAAGGUCAGCUGACCUCAUGUGCCUUACAUGUUCAGCAUGUUGCCAAUCAAUAAUCAAUACUCAGUAUUUAUUGUUCCCUUCAGUUUUUAUUGUUUGUUUCCAAAUAAACAUUCAGUCAUCGGCUUGCUGUCUGUAUGUUCUAAACCCGGUUCUGUUCUGAACUUUAGGUCGUCAGAGAGGAGGGAAACAUGUCAGUGCGGGAUCAUGAAUCUGUUACUGUUUGAAAUGUGUUCAUUAAUUAAAAAUAAACUUUACUAUAAAAAUGUAACCGGAUAUAAAACCA